AUGACACCACAGACUCUUCAGAACGAUCUUGGAAAAGGCUAUGCUGAUCCCAAGUCUAUUGUACUCCUCGUUAUCGACGAGGCACAUCGAGCGACGGGUGAUUAUGCAUAUGUGAAGGUGGUGGAGUUCAUUCGGAGGUUUUCGAAAAGUUUCCGGGUUCUUGCCCUCACAGCUACGCCAGGGUCAAAGGUUGAGGGCGUACAAGACGUUAUUGACAAUAUGGGUAUUUCACACAUAGAGAUCCGAACAGAAGAGUCUAUGGAUAUCCGGCAAUAUGUGCACUCCAGGGGCAUCGACCAGGUAGUUCUGGAGCCCUCAGACGAAAUCUUGCACGUGAGGGAUCUUUUCUCGAAGGCGCUCAAGCCGCUUGUGCAAAAAUUGAGUGCGCAGAACAUCUGGUAUGGCCGAGAUCCAAUGUCAAUGACGACUUAUGGGUUGAGGACGAAGCAAGCAGAAUGGAACGCUGGGCCUGGAAGACAUGUCAAUCCAGGUACCAAAUUCAUGACCAACGCCAUCUUCUCGAUACUCCAAAGCGUGGCGCACGCUAUCAAGCUGCUAAAUUUCCAUGGCAUUGCGCCUUUCUACCAUAACAUGCUAGACCUCAGGAGUUCUACAGAGGAGAAAGGAGAGAAGGGAUCGAAGUACAAAAAGCAAUUGAUCCACGACGAGAAUUUCCAGGAGAUGAUGGACACUAUUGAUAAAUGGCAGAGGACGGACGGCUUCGUCGGCCAUCCCAAAAUCACAUACCUCUGCGACACCCUCCUCAAUCACUUCAUGGAUGCUGGUGAAGGCUCCAAUACGAGAGCUAUCGUUUUCAGCGAGUACCGCGACAGCGCUGAAGAGAUUGUACGAAUCCUGAAUACGCACAAACCGCUUAUCAGUGCGUCGAUUUUCGUGGGUCAAGCAGACUCGAAGCGGAGCGAGGGUAUGAAGCAAAAGCAGCAGAUCGAGACGAUUGAAAAGUUCCGAACUGGUGGCUUCAAUGUGCUCGUGGCAACAUCGAUCGGAGAAGAAGGCCUUGACAUUGGCCAAGUCGAUCUCAUUGUCUGCUACGAUGCCUCGGCGUCACCAAUUCGCAUGCUUCAGAGAAUGGGCAGAACGGGAAGAAAGAGAGCGGGAAACAUCGUGCUCUUGCUCAUGAAAGGAAGAGAGGAGGAGAAGUAUCUCGAGGCUAAAGACAAUUACGAGAUGAUGCAGAAGUAUAUAUGUGAUGGCAGUCGGUUCACCUUUCGUCAUGACCUCUCAUCAAGGAUAGUCCCAAGAGACCUCAAACCAGAAGUAGACAAACGCAUGGUUGAAAUUCCUAUCGAGAACAGUCAGAACAGAUCUCUUCCUGAGCCAAAGAAAGGCGGUGCAAGGAAAAAGGCAUCGAAGAAGAAGUUUCACAUGCCUGACGGUGUGGAGACUGGCUUCAUGAAGGCAUCAUUCUUCGGCCAACCGAAAGCUGCUGUCACUAAGCCGAAGCCCCGAGAUCCUGUCGAGACGGAUUUCCUUGAAGAUGUUCCGUAUCUUGGAUCAGUACUUUUAAACGAAGCACAGAACGCCGAGCUCGAUAGGAUGUACCGAGACCUACCAUUGGGCAAUACAGCACAGGAAGAGAUUACAAUGCCUGUCUUGACAGCUCAUCCCAGAUACCAGAGAGCGUUGCAUCCGACGUUCAGAGUCAAACAUGGGAGUUAUACAAAGCGGUGCGUCCGACUUUUCAAGAAACUUGCCAGGACCCAGGAGAAUAUGGACCAAUACGCCCGCCCAUAUGGAAACAAAGACUCCAGCAGGUAUAAGGAACUGCCAGUGCCGCCGUUCGCAGAAGAUUCAGGUGACGAAGACGAGGGCAUUCAAGAGUCCACGAUGCCCUCACGUAAGAGAGCUCGUGAAUCAUCGUUCUCCGAGACCGAAGCUAGCUCUUUACCAAAGAGGCGCAAGUCAGCACUGAAGGCGAAGGCGCCACAGCGGAGAAAGUCCAAUAACAACCCAUUCCUAGACGACUUGGACGAGGAUGACGAAGAUGAAGACGAGGAAGAUGAGGAUACGCUUGAUGUAGAAGAAUAUCCAGCGGCACCUCGUCGGGGCAGAGGUAGACCAAAAGCGGCCGGUGGCAGAAAAAGGAAACCUGCCAAGAGGAAGAAUAAUGGCAAUUUAGAGGAGAUUGGAGAUGAUUGCACGAGAACGAGCCAAUUGUACGAGAGCGACGGUUCUGAUAGCGGCGCUGACCUGCUAGACUUCAUUGUGGACGAUGAUGCUGUGAUAUCGAGUGUCAGGGGUGUGUCUACUUCGCCCACAACUGCAUCUCCACCAGCUUCGAGAAAGUCUCCUCAACUCGCCAAGGCGAAGCCAUUCUAUGUUCCUAUACAUCUUACCCAAGACAGCGAUGAUGACCUACCCUCGAUGAGUCAGCUAGGUGGUAAUCAGUCGAAACAGAACAAAGGAUCUCGUCGUUCGUUGACAGAGUCGGAUAGCGAGGCGGAAGAUAUUGUUCGAAAGCCGGCCGCGAGGAAAAAGAAGCGGCCGGUCAUCCAGGAUACUGAUAGUGAAUCUGAUUAG